CUCCCCCAUCAAUUGCGAACUUACUGCCGAGUGAACCCCCUUCCAUCAACAACAUGACCAAACCUAUUACCGUCUGGUUGACUCGUAAGGCACCCCUGGUCCUAUGAUCCCGCAUCAAUACAGUAUUUCCGGCGCUGGCAUGGCUAAUCUUGCUUGCUAAUGUGUGAAUUAGCCCUUGGACCAAAUCCAUGGAAGGUAAGUAAAGUCAUAUGGCAGGUUAUAAUCAAGAAUUGACACCACAUCUUGUCAAGGUCAUCGUGUGUUGGGCGUUCUUGAUACGAUCCUUGAAGGCAAGGAAUGGCUUGUUGGGGACAAAUGUACAUUUGCAGACCUAGCAUUUCUCCCCUGGAAUACCCGCCUUAACAUGGCCUUGCUUACUCCGUCCGGGGAGGAUCCCUUGGCGCCAUACCCGAACGUGCAGGCAUGGCAGAAGCGUAUGGAGAGCAGGCCCUCGUGGCAAAAGGCCAUGGAAAAUCGGUCGAACCUAAUGGAGGAGCAGGGACUGCAACCAAAUGGUAUACCGAAGGGUAUCAAGAAUUUUGGAGAGUACCAGCAGUACAUAGCCAACGUUAUCGAGCAGCAGCAGUGCUAGCUUCAAUAGUUAAGAUGAUUACGAUUUAGAUAAUAUUGGAUUGGACAGUGGCAGAGAUUGGUUCGCGG